UUGUGAUGAAAGGAAUCACACUUACCAACAGUUUAUCGACCGACUCGACUGCAUUAAAGAGCGCACCCUGCAGGCCGGUGCAAGUUUUGGACCGCACCGAAUUCUGACCCACGCUGUAAGCUGAGAAUGGUGUGUCAAGUUGCUGGAUCGAGUCUUGUUUUAAAGAUUUUAUAUCAUACUUUUUUCUAUAUAACAGAAUACUGUUUUUCAUAUAGAAAAUAUCUGUAAUAUAAAUUGUUCUGAUAUCCAUUUGAAUUGUAUUAAUAAUGAAUAAUAAGACUGUGGAGUUUGAUAUUUCAUCUGAUAGUAAAAAUCUAUCUAAUAAACCCAAUUGUUCAUCAAGCAAUAAUACAAAAAUGUUUAUUCUUCCUCCAGAUGUAUUGCAAAAUAUUUGUAUGAAUGACUCAAAAGCUGAAAGUAUAGUAUCUGCUAGAGAAGCUGCGAUAAAAGAUAAUAAUAUAAAUAAUGUUAGAACACAAGAAUGCAAUGGUGAUCAGAUUCCUACAUCCACUAAAAAUUCUACAAAUUUAAAUAUUGUGAUACAGCCAACUACGGUUAUAAAACUAAAUAAAAAUAAUACAAUGAAUGAUACAGACAAUGAAAGCUUAAAAAAUACAAUAAAAGUGCCUAAAUGUAAGAAAAACGAUGAAAAAGUAAUAUCUAAAGUAAAUCACAUAAAACAAGUAAAACAUAACUCUCAUACAGAAAAACCAAAAGGUAACAUAACGGUAGAUAGUUCAGUAAUUAAUUCAAGAAAUGAAAAAAAUUUACAAGAAAUAAAAUGUGUUAGUAAUAAUGUAAAAAAUAAUCAAACUACCUCAAAUAAUAUACCAAAGGCUCAAAGAACAAAUUCAGUGUCUGAACAAAGUAGUAGUGAAAAUGUGCAUGGAAGAUCUAAACGUGUUCGUAAACAAACUAAAUUUGAUGAUUAUAUUGUAUCAUAUGCAAGAGCUUCAGUAAAAAAAGAAAUUAGGAAUUUGGAUCAGAAGAAGAAGGGUAUCUUUAACAAAGAACCAAAACAAGAAUCUGUUUCUAAUAGUCCUUUAUUAGAUGUAACUGAGGUAAAUGAUCCAAACCUUACAAAAUGUACAAAAGGAGAGCUUCAAAAUACGCAAAAUAAAAAAAAUACAAGUACUGCUAUUCCUUCUAUCACACCAGUUGUAACAAAAAAAUCACUGCCUUUCAAGUCCAGUAAUAAUUCUGGAGACUAUACUAAUGUUAUGAAAAAUGAAAAUAAUUUCGAUGUAAAACGUUUGCAAAAUUCAGAAGAUAUAGGAAAUAAGAUAAAAUUAGAAGAGUUAAAAAGUACAAUGGAAUCAAACAAUAUGAAUGAUAAUGAAGUUCAUAUGGGAGCAAUCAAUACCUCUGUAGAGCAUAGUAUUUCAGAAGAGAUUGAUACUUUAGAUAGGACAAAAGAAGAUAGAAUGUCUAUGAAAAUUUCUAAUGCAUUAAAUCAAGGAAAUGAAAACACAGAUGCAUUAAAUCAAGGUAGUCCAGAUCCAAUUUUAGUGACUAAACCAUUAGUAAGGAAAAGAGGAAGACCAAAAAAAGUUAUGCCUAUAUUACAACAGACCCCAAACACUUCAGAUGUGUCAGCAGACAAUUCAGAAGUUUCAGAUAACGUAAAUAAUGUUUCCAUUGCAGAGGCAGUUGUUCAUAGUAAGAGACAUAAUAGAUCAUAUAAUAUUUGCACUAAUGACGGUUUAAGUGAUGACAGCAGUAUUGAAGAUAACAUUCCAAAUUCAAUUGUUGAUAGAAAAGGAAGUAGUCCAGCAAGUACAUCUGUAAGCAGAGGUAGAGGUAGUAGUAGAAGUAGAGGUAGAGGUCGUGGUAAAGGUAGAAGCAGGGGAAAAGGCAAAGAAUUGUCAUAUUCUUCAUUAGAUACUGAAUAUGUACCGAAAUUGAAGGGACCAGUAACUACAGAUAAAGUAAAACAAGAAAAUUCAGAUGCAGAUACUAUUUCUGAUACACCAAAAGUAGAAUUAAUAACUUGUGCCAAAUGUGAAGUAGAGUUAUUGAAAAAGCAGUGGAAUUCACAUAACUUGUUUAAACAUAAUAAUACGAGCUGGAUAAAGGGCGAUGAACCGCUGGAUUUUGAAAAUGACAUUAAAUUAUGGAGACGAGUCUUAACAGGUGCUCUUCAUAAGAGAAGGGGACAACUGAUUUGUGACAAAUGUGGAACUGUAAAACGUAGUGUAAAUGGUUUCAUAUCUCAUACACAGUUUUGUGGAAAAUCUGAUGAAGAAAAAAAAGCAUUAAUGGUAAGUUGUCCGACUUGUGGAGCUGUCAUGAUGCCAUCUUCUAUGGAAAUACAUGAAAGAACUCAUAGACAAAUAGAACAAAACAAGAUGAAAGAAUUACAGAUUGUUAGAAAUGAAAAUGAGAGAGUGAAACGUAAAGCUGCUGAAAAAGCAGUAUCAAAGAUUUUAGAAUUUACUGAACUUGUGAAGGAUAACAGUGUACCACCUGGGAAAAAAAUAAAACUUGAAACUUCUUUACUGAAAAAUGUAGUUAAAACACCUAACCAAAGUAAAAAUAUACCAACAGUAUGGAAGGGUAUUUGGAAAAAAGAAUUAACGUCACAGGGGACAGCUGCUUGUCGUCAAAUGAAUUGCACUUAUAAAUCUACUUCUUUUGAAGAUAUAUGUAAACAUUCUACCGAAUGUAGUUUUAUGCCCAAAGAGUCUUAUGUAUGUAAAAUAUGCAAAUUUUCAUCUACUUCCAAUGAAAAUAUGGUAAAACAUGUAACUACAGCACAUUCAAUGGUAGAUGAGACCGAACACGGUUCGGAUUACGAAGAAGAACAUUGCAGUUCAGAUGAUACAGAUACAUCCAAUAAAAUUAAUUUUUACAAUAUGGAACAGAAUAGAAUUCACUGGAGAGAACCGUAUCAUCCUGCUUUACGAUGGACCAUAGAAUUUGAACAAAAAAAUUAUGAAUAUGAUUUGUUUACUGAUUAUACUCCAAAUCAUUUUAUAUUAUUAAAUAAUACUGAUGCUGCUAAGUACUUGCCAGAAUUAGAAAUUUCUAUACGAAUGAAAACAGAAAGGGUAGGUGAUAAGGUAUGUGACACCGAAAUUCCUUGGAAACAAUGGAAAAAGUUUGAGGGUGGUUUCGAUAAAGGUGUAGCAACUUUUUUUGUUGGGGGUCCAGUAUGGGCAUUAGCUUGGUUACCCAUUCCAGUGUCAAUGUUCUCAAAAAAUCCCUCGCAAUAUAUUGCAAUCAGUACUCAUCCAACUAUGGAAAGUGAAUACACAGUAGGGAAGUCAUACCUCGGGCAUAAUAUGAUACAAAUUUGGAAUGUAGGACCACUACAUUAUGAAUCAGAGGAUAAAAAGAAAUCUCCUACUUUAUCAUAUGCGAUUACGCAUAACAGUGGUACUGUAUGGUGCUUAGAAUGGUGCCCAUCUGGCUGUUACCAAGAUGAAAGUCUUAACAAUUAUAAGAAAGAAAAUGAAGUGCAAUCUAGUCUGAAGCGAAUUGGUAUGCUUGCAGCUGCUUGUUCAGAUGGCAAUGUGUACAUUUAUUCGCUACCAUUUCCAGAGGAGCUUGAUUUCAAAACAACUGCAGAAAACGAGUUGCCUAUAUAUUACACUGAUCCAAUAAUGACGCUAGUUGUAAAUAUCUCGAUAUAUGACAGCAAUGAUCAAAAUUGGCAAUGUACUAAGUUAUCAUGGAUAAAAGAACACGGGCAUAACACAAUUGCUGCAGGAUUUUCAAAUGGCUAUAUUGCGGUAUGGGAUCUCACGUACAAAUCUCCAUUAUCAAUGCAAAAAAGACAAAAUACGUGGUUUAUAAAUGCAUUUCAAUAUUUUUAUGCACAUGGUAAUGCUGUGAGUAUGGUAGCUUUAGUUCCAUAUAAUGGAGAGAGAUUUCUAGCUUCGGGUAGUAUAGAUAAAUCUUACAAAUUUUGGGAUUUAGAAGAUACAACUGCACCUCAAUAUUCCCUACAGAAAGGUAUUAUAUUGAAUGGUGCAUGGAUGACGCAUUGGCCAUGUGCUAUUGUUACUUUUGACGAUGCCUUAGGAUAUAAACAUACGAAUACAUAUAUAUUUCCAUUACGAGAACACGAAUACAAACUUUACCCUAUUUUAGCAACAAAUUCUCCUACAUAUGCUCUAGCAGUUUCUGACUAUGCAAAUAGUAUCGCACAUGGUACAUUAGCAGGAGAAAUAUUAACGGUGUUUCCUCAUGAAAUUCUGCAGGCUAAAGAACUUGAUAAAGCCAUACAGAAGAGAAGAAAGCUAAGUUCAUUCGUCAGAAUAGUGGACUUCUCAAAAGCGGAAAGUGGUAAUAAUAAUGAUAAACAAGACAGUAAAAAUUCGACGGAUUAUUACUACUUGCCAGAAAGUUACAGCGAAUGCAAAGAUCGUUUUGGUAUUAUUUUUUGUGAUGAUUUGAAAAAUGAUGAAAACUGCACGCAAAGAGCGCGUCAAGAAAAGUUAAUAGCAGUUCCAGUUGAAGAAUAUCCAUUUAUGUCUGUAAAUAGGAUGUCUUGGAAUCCAAAUACGUGGAGCUACUUGUGGUUAGCAAUUGGUUAUCAGAAUGGUUUGGUAAGAUUGUUAAGUUUUAAAUAUAUGCCUGUGUCACGUGAAUUAAAAACAUUAUUACCGCAACACAUUAAAUUCAUGCUUAAUAAAUCACAAAAACCCGUACAAAAAUGUUAUAAGAAAGAAGAAUCGUAGCUUGCGCGUGUCAUUAUAAAACUUAGCACGAUGAAUUUAUUACAAUUGCUUGUUAAUAUGUGAUAAAUUAUUUUUUAUAAUUUUGUAUAUAUUAGGCUGAAAUUUUAUAACUAUUGAAUGCCAAUGAUUGUUAUGUAUAUAUUGAAAAGUAUUUAACUAUUAAUUGCAUAUUAUAUUUAAAACUCCUAGACUACCCAAGAAAGUAAUACAUUUUGUACAUGUAUACAUUUUGUAAUUUCGAAUAUUUAUAAAAAACGUACAGUUAUUAAAUUAUA